AUGAAAUCUGAUGCUUUCUUUCGUUUAUUACAGUGGGAUCUGGGUUGUCACAAUGCAUGGAUGGUUCCUUUUACCACCUCCUUAUUCUUUGUAGGGGUCCUGAUUGGAUCAUUUGUUAGUGAUCACUUCUCAGACCGGUUUGGCAGAAAGCCAGUGUUUUUCUUUACCUUGGCCCUACAAACAUUCACUCCUCUGAUCCAGGCCACCUCCGUCAACUGCUUCAUGUUCUGUAUCCUCAACUUUCUAAGAGGACUUGGCCAGAUCUCCAAUUAUAUUGCGUCAUUCAUUCUGGGGUCUGAGAUGCUGAGCCCGACUGCCAGGAUGAGCGCUCUGCUCGACCACACUGUGGGGUUUGGUGUGGGAUAUGCAUUGCUGCCGCUGUUUGCCUACCUUAUCCGCGGCUGGAAGAUGCUGCUGGUUGCUUCUGCCAUCCCUGGCCUCCUAUUUAUACCAACAUGGUGGGUGAUUCCUGAGUCUCCCCGCUGGCUCUUACAGAAAGGUCGAGUUGAGGAGGCUGAACUUAUCAUACGCGCUGCUGCCAAGAAGAACCAAGUCCAGGCUCCUAAGGUCAUAUUCAGGGCUGACGAGUGUUUGGAGCUGAUGCAAAACACAGGUGAAGAGAGGCAGACAUACACUUAUCUGGACCUGAUACGAACCCCUAACAUGAAGAACAUUACAAUUCUGAGUGUUCUCAUAUGCCUGAACUUUUUGUUGUUGUUGUGUUUCUGCAUGACUGCUACCGCCAUGGUUUUCUAUGGGCUCUCUCUCAAUACUAGUAACCUAAAUGGAAAUGUCUACCUCACCUGCUUCAUUUCAGCAGUCAUUGACAUUGUGGUGUAUGUAGCCACUUGGAUGCUGGUUAAUCGUGUGCAACGACCCACAUUCAUCUGCUCGGCAAUGAUGUUUUGUGGCAUCAUGCUCCUGGUUAUCAAGCUAGUUCCCGAAGCCAUGCAUGUCAUGUUCCAGGUGUUAGCCUUAGUGGGAAAGGCCGGCGUGUCUUCUGCUUACUGCAUCAUCUUUAUGAUCUUCACUGAGCUGAUCCCCACUGUGGUCAGAAACAUGGGCUUAGGGGUAGCAUCCGCAGCUGGACGCAUAGGCACCAUCAUUUGUCCUUUUGUGAUCUACAUGGGCGUGUACAGUAAGAUCCUGCCAUACAUUGUUUUUGGCACAAUCAGCAUCAUGGCUGCUGCUGUUAGCAUGUUGCUGCCAGACACCAGAAAUAGCAAACUUCUUGACCUCAUCAGCCAGGCCAAACACAUCAGAGGCUGCCGCUAUAAAAAGGAAACAGCUACAGCCCUGUCGGAUCUGAUGGCUGUAAAUGAGCAAGAGGGCCCUCUGCUGGCAGAAGAUUACGAGUGA